CGUUCCCGACGCGCACGUAUUAUAUGUGUAUAGACCGUACAGAUAUUCUCGCACCAGUGCGGUACAUAUCAGCUCGCACACCGACCGCCAGUCAGCCAGAAAAUGAGCGCUAUCCGUCGAGAGAUUCAUGACAUCUUUUUUACACGUUGACAAUUACAGAGCGGCCCGAUGUGUUGUUGUGACUGGGGGUGAAAUCAACAUCCAGGCGCACUUGUAUGUUAUCAUACCCGGAUAAUUACCGGGCUCGAUCCUUUGACAGACUCAUUAUUACCGGAAAUCUCCGCGCACAACGUCCUUUUGCUUUCUGACUACAAGUGUGUGUGUGGAGAUUAAUGGUUUCCACGUGGAUCGUCAAGAUGGCAUUCACAGCGGCUCAUCUGGCUGUCGUGUGCGCGCCGCAUUGGCUCAUGCACUUUUCUUUCUAAAACACAAGACUCAACUGUUGCCGCAUAUGCUGAAUUACUGAGCGUUAUCUGCUGCAUCGUUAAAAGCACUCGAUUAUGUGUAUGUGAUUUUUAUGGACGGGAGAACGCGAAGCCGGCUCCAAAUCGGCAGUUUUUAUGGCCGGAAUAACCUUGCUGUGUGGUGAACGGUUUUCAUGCCGUCGGCAGCGAGUGUAAUACUGACAUUGUCUUUUUCCGUUAGAACUUCGAAUAUAUUGACUGUGCAGUGUAAAACGCCAUCUUGGAAUAUGGUUAGAGUAGCGACGGAAUGUCCGGGAGUUUUCUCUGUAUUAUCGUGAUUGUGGUGUAUGGUGGUUAUCUGGUCAACGGGAAGGUCUUCCGGUUGGGCUACAUUACAGGAUCGAAGCGCUAUCCCGGCGCCAUAUCCACCUAUGAGCGUCCGGGAUAUCAGAUCAGCGGAGCGAUUUCCCUGGCUGUCAACGGGAUUAAUCAGAAUCAUCCCGAUCAUUUACUGAUUAACCAAACGUUGGAAUUCCAAUAUGAAGAGACAUACGGUCGUGAAGAUUUCAGUAUUCAGCAUACCGCCCGAUUAUGCUUGGAGAACAUUAGUGCCAUUAUCGGGCCACAAGAGACAUGCUUCCACGAGGCGCGCAUUGCGACGAGCUUUAAUGUGCUGAUGCUGUCCUACUUCUGCCAAGAAUACCGCUUCCGCGACGAGAAGAACAAAUACUCCACCUUCAUCCACGUGAAGCCGCAUGCGCAGCAGAUUAGCAAAUCCGUGGCGUCGCUCCUGCUCAAGUACAACUGGAAGAAGGUGGCCUUUGUGUACAGUGUGGAGAGCGAUCAUCUGCGGCGGACGGCGGAGUCGGUCAAGAAUGUCCUGGAGGAGUACGGCGUGCAGAUUGUCACCAGCCGGACAUGGGCCGAGACGUACUAUGUGCCUAUUCCGGCUUGGCAGGGAUUCGAUACGGAUGGCAUCUUUGUGUCGCCCUUUAAGCAGAUUAUCCAGGAAAUCAAGAAUGCCGCGCGCAUCAUUGUGGUUAUCGGGUAUAUUGAUGGUCAUGUGGGAUUUAUGAAUGCCAUGGAAGAAGAGGGCUUGCUGGAUAGUGGGGACUAUUUUGUUGUGGGGGUCUACUUGGAGCAGUAUAAAGACCGUGGAAGUGAUCCAGCCAAGUAUAUCAGAGGUGUAUUUGAGAAGGAGAUAGCCAAGAAAACAAUCAAAGCCUUCCGUUCAUUUCUGGCCGUAAUUCCCACACCGUCACAGGCCAAAGAACAAGGGGAAUUCACCACGGAAGUCAAUGCCUAUCUGCCCAAACCGCCGUUUUACUUCAUGUGGGACGAUAUGCCGCAGAAGAACGUGAAGCCGGAAGCCUAUUACCUGCACGACGCCGUCAUGAUCUACGCACGCGCCCUCAACGAAUGCCUGGCCAAUGUCAGCGAGUGUCCCAAUCCGCGCGACGGCAGCAAAUUAGCCAAGUUCAUCAUCGAUCGGCCCUACCAGAGCGCCAUGGGCUACGGCGGCUACAUUGACCCCACCGGCAAUGCGCAGGGCAACUAUUCCCUGCUGGCCCUCAAGGAGAACCCGGUGGGCAAGGACUGGAACGUGGGAUUACUGGAUAUUGGAAUCUUCCGACUGAACAAUGAUAAUCGCAGUGCCUUACCGACGCUAGUACUCAAGCCACAAGAAAAGCUUCAAUGGCCGUUUAACCGCGUUCCGGCGGAUGAACCACCAUGCGGAUUCGAUAACUCCAAGUGCAAAGAGGUCAAUGCCGAGAAGGAUUUUCGCUUCUAUGUCACGCUGGGCGCCAUCGGUGGUGUGGUCUUGGUGGUGAUUGCGGCGAUCACGGGGUUACUUUGCUACAGAAGUCAGCAAAGUAAACGCGAUCAAGCCAGCUUUCUGUGGAAGAUUGAAUGGAAAGAACUGAAUGUGGAGAAGCUGCAGGCGUAUUUACGCGCGAUGUUGGAGCCGGAGGUGGCGUGUCGUGCGACGUCCGUCAGUCUAACAUCGUUAUAUCGGGUUUUUGAUGUGGUCUUUGCUGAUUUGCGUAUACCUAAGCCGCUGCAGACCGAGCUGGGAUUUUAUAAAAACCAGGUUGUGGCGGUUAAGCACUUGAGGAAAACCCACGUUAGCCUGACACUAGAAAUCCUGAAGGAAUUAAAAUUGCUUCGGGAAAUUCGCAAUGACAAUCUGUGCAGUUUUAUUGGCGCUUGUCUGGCACCAGUGUGUAUUGUCACCGAAUUCUGUUCGCGGGGCAGCUUGAAGGAUGUCAUUUACGACGAGAAUGUGUCACUUGACUCUAUGUUCAUGGAAGCAAUGCUGGGCGAUAUUGUGCGAGGCAUGUGCUAUCUGCACAUGAGCUCGUUAAAGAGCCACGGGACUCUUAAGCCAACCAACUGCUUAGUGGAUAGCCGGUUUACGGUGAAGAUAACCGAUUACGGCCUGCACGAAUUCAAGCGCAAUGUCAACUACGACCCCCUCCUCAAAGUAUCCGAGUAUCAACAGUAUUUUGAGCAGCUGUUGUGGACGGCACCGGAACUGUUACGAGAUCCGUAUCCUCCGCCGGCCGGGACACCCGCCGGCGAUGUGUACUCCUUCUCGCUGAUUGUCUACGAAGUGUACGGACGACAUGGGCCGUUUGGGCGGGUCAAUAUGACAGCGCAGGAGAUUGUCACCGAGCUGCGACUGGGCCGGGAGAAAGAGCCGUUCCGACCAAAUCAGGCGGAAUUGAUGGAGGUCACCGAUGUGCCGGAUUACGUACUGAGUGUCAUGAUUGACUGCUGGAAUGAGAACCCCGCGGCGCGGCCAGAUUUUCAGACGAUUAAGAUACGACUCAAGGUAAAACCCACAAUUAUGGACAACGUCCUCGGCCUUCUUCAGCGGUACGCCAACAAUCUGGAAGACCUGGUGGCUGAACGGACAACUGCACUUGAGGAAGAGAAAAAGAAAACAGAAUCGCUUUUGUAUGAAAUUUUACCAAGGCCAGUUGCUGAACAGCUUAUCAAACAAGAACGAGUGGAAGCCGAACAGUUUAACAGCGUCACUAUAUUUUUCUCGGAUAUUGUUGGUUUUACUGCACUGAGUGCCGAAAGCACGCCUUUCGAGGUUGUCGCAUUUCUCAAUGACCUUUACACACUGUUCGAUUCUUUAUUGGAGCAUUAUGAUGCGUACAAAGUGGAAACGAUUGGAGACAGUUACAUGGUUUGCAGUGGACUUCCCAUACGUAACGGUGAUACACAUGCCGGUGUGAUAGCCAGUAUGGCGCUUCAUCUAUUAGAUGCUAUUCAGUAUUUUCGCAUUCAGCACAGACCUAAUCAGCAGUUAUUACUGCGUGUUGGGAUCCACAGUGGUCCUGUUGUGGCUGGGGUUGUCGGGAGAAAGAUGCCGCGUUAUUGCCUAUUUGGUGAUACGGUUAACACAACUUCGCGAUACGAAUCGACUGGUUCGCCUCAGAAGAUUCACUGCAGUCCGCAAUGCAAAGCCCUUUUGGACAGCCUCGGCGGCUACAUAGUGGAGCCCCGGGGAAAAGUCCACAUGAAAGGGAAAGGUGAUCUGCUGACCUAUUGGUUGGUGGAUGAAGAUGAAUGGCGCAAGGAGGCGCGCCGUUCCAAGGAUCUGUCCAUGUUCAGCGACCAGAAUCCCAGUCCGAUCCUGGCACGCUGGGGCAUGAUGCAGGCCAAACGGCGGCUGAGCUGCUUCAAGAAACAAAUGUCUCCCGCCGAUUCGCCGCGCGGUUCCAACCGCAAGUUGGACGUCAACGAUUUACCCACAAGUGCCAACCAUACACCGGUGCGGGAUGAGGUGUCAGCCAACAACUGUGGAUCACUGCAGGAUAUCAUCACCACCUUCACCAAGGAUCUGAGGUUGCAGUGCACCAAGUAUCAGAACGGUGAUGUUACACAGGGGAUGCCGCUGCUGACCAAGCUGGAACGACAAGGCAGCUUAUCGGCAGCGUGUUCGCGCGCUAACAGUCGUGAACGGCUGAACGGUGACGUCAUAAUGGUUCUAUGAUUUGCCGAAUAAAUAUCGCCUUUUCGUGAUUUUUAUGGCUUUAUGGAAUUUGCUGUAUUACAAACAUUUGGCUUUGUUGCCUGCUUUUUUCCCCGGGCUCAUUAAAAAACUGU